AGCCGCCUGCUGCUUAUUGAAACAGGUGUAGGUGCUCAAAUUUAUGGAUGUUAAUAAAGUCUUAAAGAAGAGGUGUGCAGCGGUGCCUUGCAUGCGGUAAAUUUCUACAAAGACGUGCUCCUCUCACUGAAGCCCUCCUUCUCCGCUCCGAGGACUUAGCUCGGCGGAUAUCGCACUGCAAGAGCCCGAUUCCGACCGAAACAACGAUAGGGUUCUUAGGAGGGUUAUGGCUUGGCAGCGCCUCCUCACACAGCAGGUUGCUAAGAAGCAAUUCAGCCAUCAACUUUUUACUGAGUUAGGUGGCCAACCAUUGCUUUUUUUCCACAAGGGUCAUGUGGGAAUUAGACUAGGGAAUCAUCAAGAAAGGUUUCAUUCAAAUUAUGUUGGAAGUUUUUCUCGCAGCUUGCGAGAUAUUGAAGGGUUCAAUGAUGUAGCAUUACUUAAAGAACUGUACAGAAGUGAUCCAGAAGGAGUUAUUAGACUAUUUGAAAGUCAACCUUCCUUACAUUCGAACCCUUCGGCUCUUGCUGAGUAUGUUAAAGCAUUAGUCAAAGUUGAUCGGCUGGAUGAAAGUUCUUUGCUCAAAACUCUGCAAAGAGGUAUAACAAAUUCCUCAAGGCAAGAAGAGUGUGUUAGCACUUUACCAGGCUUAAAGAGUGUGGGCUUAGCGACUAAAGAAGGGGUUCUUGGCACUGCUAACGCACCCAUUCACAUGGUAACAGCAGAAACUGGUCACUUUAAAGAGCAGUUGUGGCGUACAUUUCGCACAAUUGCCCUCACCUUUCUAGUCAUAUCUGGUGUCGGUGCAUUGAUUGAGGAUAGGGGAAUUGGCAAAGGGCUAGGACUGCAUGAAGAGGUGCAACCAAGCAUUGAUUCGAGCACAAAAUUUAAUGAUGUAAAAGGCGUUGAUGAAGCUAAAGCUGAACUGGAGGAAAUUGUACAUUACCUUCGAGAUCCAAAGCGUUUCACUCGGUUAGGUGGUAAGCUUCCCAAAGGUGUUUUGCUUGUUGGUCCCCCUGGCACUGGAAAGACUAUGCUGGCAAGAGCUAUUGCAGGGGAAGCUGGAGUUCCAUUUUUCUCUUGCAGUGGGAGCGAGUUUGAGGAGAUGUUUGUGGGCGUGGGAGCUCGAAGGGUCAGGGAUCUUUUUGCUGCAGCGAAGAAAAGGUCUCCCUGUAUUAUUUUUAUUGAUGAGAUCGACGCAAUAGGCGGGAGCCGUAACCCAAAGGAUCAGCAAUACAUGAAGAUGACACUGAAUCAGCUUCUAGUUGAACUUGAUGGUUUUAAGCAGAAUGAGGGUAUUAUAGUUAUUGCGGCCACAAAUUUCCCCGAAUCAUUGGACAAAGCUCUGGUGAGGCCCGGUCGCUUUGAUCGCAAUAUUUUUGUUCCUAAUCCAGAUAUCGAAGGUCGAAGACAAAUUCUGGAAUCCCAUAUGUCAAAGGUGUUGAAGACAGAUGAUGUUGAUUUACUGAUCAUUGCAAGAGGGACACCUGGUUUCUCAGGGGCGGACCUAGCAAACCUGAUCAACAUGGCUGCUUUAAAGGCUGCUAUGGAUGGAGCCAAAGCUGUUAGCAUGUCCGACCUCGAGUAUGCCAAAGACAAGAUCAUGAUGGGUAGCGAACGCAAAUCUGCCGUGAUCUCAGACGAGAGCCGGAAACUAACCGCAUACCAUGAGGGUGGUCAUGCUCUUGUCGCAAUCCACACGGAUGGCGCCUUACCCGUUCACAAGGCAACAAUCGUUCCCCGUGGGAUGUCCCUUGGUAUGGUCGCACAAUUACCCGAAAAGGAUGAAACGAGCUUCUCCAGAAGGCAAAUGCUGGCGAGGCUCGAUGUCUGCAUGGGUGGACGUGUCGCCGAAGAACUCGUCUUUGGAGAGAGCGAAGUGACAUCUGGCGCUUCAUCUGAUCUGCAGCAAGCGACCACUUUGGCUAGAGCAAUGGUCACAAAGUAUGGGAUGAGCAAGAAGGUGGGGGUCGUCACACACAACUAUGACGACAAUGGGAAAUGCAUGAGCACUGAGACUAGACUUCUAAUCGAGAAGGAGGUGAAGCAGUUUCUGGAGAGUGCUUAUAACAAUGCAAAAACUAUAUUAUCUAAUCAUAACAGAGAGUUGCAUGCUCUUGCCAAUGCGCUCUUGGAGCAUGAAACUCUUACUGGAGCACAGAUUAAGAACCUGCUUGCCCAGGUUAGUUCCCAGCAUCAGAAACCACAGGGGGUUAUGGUUCAGUCGACACCUGUGGCGCCUUCGCAACCUUCAGCUGCGGCAUCUGCUGCUCCUGCCGCUGCUUCAGCGGCAGCCAAGGCUAAAGGAGUUGCCCAGCCAGCAGUUGGAUCAUAAAAAGUUAAAUAAUAAUUAAUAAUCUACAUUCUUAUAUUUAUAUUUGGACUGUCCAGUAUUUGAAGGGUUGGUGGAUGUGUUCUCUGCCAUUUAUUAAAUUACGGAGGAACACUUUGAGUGUGUAAAUUAUUUCUGCAACUUGUUUUCACUGUUUAUUUUUGGAGAAAUUAUUACGUACAAAUACGAUGGAGGGGUCAAUAAUUUUUCCCAUUUCUUGACCCUUUUAAUUCUAUUGAAUGCUUUCUGCAAUGAAUUGCCCAU